AUGCCUAACUGUGUAAGUUAAUAGUGUGUUAAUAUAUUUUAUUAAUUUUUAGUACUGCGUAAAUAUAAUGUAACUAAGAUUACAUUAUCGCUUAAUAAAAAUUUAAAAUAUAUAGCAAAAAAUAGAAUAAAACAGCAAUUCAUUAUUGAAUAAAAAACUAAACUAUAUUAAAAAUCACCUAUUGACUUCCACUUGAGUGUAUUUAAAAAUAUUAUUUACUUAUUGCACAUAUUCGACUCGAUAGAUAGAUUUGUUUCAGAAACAUGGAACCACCAAGACGUCAACAAUAUACCUAUAGCUAGUCAACUUGAUUGAUGGCCAUUAAUAAUGAAGCAAAUAAAUGUAUAUGAAACCUCGAAGAGAUUUCAGAUUCCUAGAACAACUCUUCGGAACAAGAAAGAUCACAAGUAUACUGAAGAAAAUUGUGGAGUUUUCACUAAGGAUGAAAAACGCCAAUUAAUAGACUGAUUUCACUAUUUGGGAAGAUUAUAUUUUCCUGUAAAAAAGGCAGUUAUUGGAGACGGUGUCAAAAUUAGUGAAAACAUUAAAUCUCCCACACCCAUUUAAAGACGGAGUAACAGGAAGACACUGGCUUCAAAAUUUGAUUAAACCCAUCCCACAAUUUCAAAGAAGAAUUGUCCAAAAUUUGCCAACAUAUAGAAAUGAAGUGAAAGAAGAAACAUAAGGUCAUGGUUUACUGAUUGAUGUGUAUCAAUAUUUUGAAUAAAAUUAACAAUUCUGCUAGAAGUUUUAAUUGCGACGAAACCGAAUUAUUUUUGUGUCCCAAGACAAAAUGAGUCAUCGUAGAAUGAAGCACCAUAGAGGUAUUGAUGUAUAAUGAUGAAAGAGAAUGUUUAACUGGAUGUAUUGUUUUUGCUGACUAUGAAAUCGCACCUCCUGUUGUUUUUUACCCCUACAAGCGCAUGGCUAAAAAUUGUCAUCAGUAUUAAUUACGUUUAAAUUACUUUUAAGAGAUUAUUAAGAGAAUUGUGACUUAAUAAUUAAAGUACCGUUGCUUCAUAUCAAUAAUUAAACUGACACAAUAAUUUUUAUUUAACAUGGCUAAUUCUGUUGCUUUAGCGUUCGGUAAUAGGUGCCAAAAAAACGCUAAUAGGAACACACCCCAUGCAUUGGAUCGGUAGUAGGGACAUGGCUCUUCCCAUCAAUUUUUAUUUUUUACUUUUUUAAAUGUAUUUUUGCUAGUUGUCCCUUUAUUGCAUUAAAAAAAGAGUUAUCUUCGGAAUCGUCAAAAAAAAAAGACAAAGCCAGUGAUUGAACAACUGCUUAUUUUUUGCCUAUCAAUCUGAACCUAGCUUAAACUGGCGGUAAUGGGUGCGUUUACGUUAACUCAUAAUCUAUGUUUGUAGUUUAUUUCUCAUUUAAAUCAAAUUAAUUUUCGUACGUUCCCCAAGGGAAACCUAAUUUACGUAAGAAUGCAAUAAACAAAAUUUAACAACGCGUAGUCUUCUUACGUCUGUGAUUUUGUAAAAGUAAAUGACGUAUUAUUGUUGUAAAUAAUAGCGAUGUAGAUCAAUGUUUCCCUUUGCGCGUUGUCCCGAUUUAUUGAAAUCACGUCACAAUACAGGAAACUGUGAAGAAACAGUUAAAUGAUAUAUAAAGGCAAAUAUUAAAUAAUUCAUCGUUCAGUAUUAAAAAGACUUCAAUAUGAGCAGCACCAAUUUCUGAAAUAGUUAUAUAAGUGCUUAUUUUCUAUAGAAAAAAGUUGUUGAAAUGUUCAAAAUGACCGCUUGUUUUUGUUGUUUCAUUGUAAUGAUCGCGUUGUACAUUAACGGAGUGACGGGCAGCUGGUUCGCGAACGACUCUGCUGUUAAUAUCGAUGAAGACGUACUAGAUAUUCAAAGUGAAACAAUAGCAAGGAAGAAGUUCGACUUCAUCUUUCCUGGUACAAAAUGGUGCGGUAAAGGGGACAUAGCGAAGAGCUACGAGGACCUGGGCUCAGCGCGCGAGACUGACAUGUGCUGUCGGGAGCACGACCACUGCACUGACCUCAUACUCGCCGGGGAGACCAAGCACGGCCUCACCAACGACGCCUUCUACACCAGGUUGAACUGUAAAUGUGACGAGGCAUUCCGGCUGUGUCUGAAUAAAGCUAACACGAAGACGUCGCGCAGAAUCGGCAAGAUAUACUUCAACGCGCUCGGCACCAAGUGCUACAGACGAGACUACCCCGUCGUAGGCUGCAACACUUACGGAGGAUUAUUCAGAAAGAAAUGCUUAGAGUACGAUUACGACACAAGGGGCGAACAGAUCCACCAGUGGUUCGACGUCAAGAACUACGCCAACUGAUGACCUGGAUACACUGAGCACCUUCCCGGAUGCAGCCCAUAGUUAUUAUAGCAUUAAUGUGAUACCAUUGUUCCUAUAGUCUGUAAUUUAUUUAAGAGAUGUAGCAGUACGUAAAAGACGGGUAUUAUAGAUAAAGUUUUCUUGUAAAUGUGGAUCAAUCACAAUUACCUUGAAUGUACAUUUAUAAUUUAAGUGAUAACCCAAUAAAAAUAAAUGGAAGAAAAUAA